UGAGGGAACAUUCUGCAGUAUAAAGGGCGCGAGGAAGGCGGGAGACGGCGCAGUUUGAAUCGCGGUACGACGGAGGAGUGGGCGCCGGGAUCUCGCUGAGCGUCCGCCUGGCCUCGUCUCUUCCUCGCUUGUCCGAGCUUCAGCACAGUCCGAGAUGGCUGGCGGUAAGGCUGGAAAGGACUCCGGAAAGGCCAAGACAAAGGCGGUUUCCCGCUCGCAGCGAGCCGGCUUGCAGUUCCCUGUGGGCCGUAUUCAUCGACACCUGAAAUCUAGGACAACCAGCCACGGACGUGUGGGCGCGACCGCUGCUGUGUACAGCGCAGCCAUCCUGGAGUACCUCACCGCAGAGGUACUUGAGUUGGCAGGAAAUGCAUCAAAAGACUUAAAGGUAAAGCGUAUUACCCCUCGUCACUUGCAACUUGCUAUACGUGGAGAUGAAGAAUUGGAUUCUCUGAUCAAGGCUACAAUUGCUGGUGGUGGUGUCAUCCCACACAUCCACAAAUCGCUGAUUGGGAAGAAAGGACAACAGAAGACUGUCUAAGGAUGCCUGGAUUCCUUAUUAUCUCAGGACUCUAAAUAUUCUUAACAGCUGUCCAGUGUUGGUGAUUCCAGUGGACUGUAUCUCUGUGAAAAACACAAUUUUGCCUUUUUGUAAUUCUAUUUGAGCAAGUUGGAGGCAUAAUUAGCCUUCCAACCAACCAAAUUUCUGCAUUCGAGUCUUAACCAUAUUUAAGUGUUACUGUGGCUUCAAAGAAGCUAUUGAUUCUGAAGUAGUGGGUUUUUGAUUGAGUUGACUGUUUUUAAAAAAACUGUUUGGAUUUUAAUUGUGAUGCAGAAGUUAUAGUAACAAACAUUUGGUUUUGUACAGACAUUAUUUCCACUCUGGUGGAUACGCUCAAUAAAGGUCAUAUCCCAAACUA